AUGAAUUUGAUAUAUUCACUUGUUUUAUUAUUUCCUGCUGUAUUCGGUAAUUUUCCGCGACUUUCGAAGAAUGUGACGCCAAUUUCAUACACGUUGGAACUCGAAAUAAUUUUACCUGGUUAUGACAUUAAAGGCACCAAUGGUUUUACGGGUAACGUUCAUAUAAAUUUGAAUAUUGAAGAAGACACCGACGUCAUCAUAUUACACGCAGCCAAAAACAUUCAAAUUUCACGCGGCAUAACCUUGUUAAAACAAAUAAAGGUUGGAUAAAAUAGUUUCAAUGCUAAAUAUUAAUUUUUCAGGAAAAUGGGAAAUCAAAAACAAAUAUCAUCACGAAAUAUAUUGAAAACAAUGAAUAUCAAGAAAUUCAGUUGCAUUUCAUGGAAACUAUCAAGAAAAACCUUCCAACCUUUCUGACUAUUUAUUAUGAAUCAACUUUUAAUGAGAAUAGAUUUGGAUUAUUUUUGUCCGAAUAUAACGAUGGGAAUAAUGAAAAUAAAACUGCUGCAUCCACUCAAUUUGAGCCAUUUUUUGCAAGAUCGGUUGUCCCGUGUUUUGAUGAGCCGGAUUUCAAAGUAAUCAAACUUUUUCAGGAGUUUUUGUUUCAUUUCAAAUUUUUCAGGCAACUUGGACAGUAACUUUAAGACAUCCGUCUGGAACUAUUGCAUUGUCUAAUACUCCAACAGUCUCUGAAGAGCAUAGUUAUUUCGACAAUAUGAUAGAGACUCGUUUUGAGAAGACUCCCAGAAUGUCUUCAUAUCUUUUAGCUUUUGUCGUAUGCGAAUUUGGUUUUAAAGCAGCUAGAUCUCAAUCUGGUACUCCGGUCAGUUCUCUAAACUCACAUUUGAAAAAAAAAGAUACUAUUUUUGCAUACAGGUUCGAGUUUUUGCUCCCUCGUCAGAAAUCAGCGAUGUCGAUGUUAUUUUAAAUGCAGCCGUCGAAUCAUUGAAUUAUUUCGAAAACAAAACUAAUAUCCCUUUUUCGCUUCCAAAAUUAGAUUUGAUCAAUUUUGAUUUCCCAGCAGGCAUGGAAAAUUGGGGAUUGAUUGUUUUGGGAGGUGUUUUAUAUAAUGAUACAAAUGAACUGAAUUCAUUAAUUGCACACGAAGUGGCUCAUCAAUGGUUCGGAAAUCUAGUAACUGCUGAAUGGUGGAAUGAAAUCUGGCUGAAUGAAGGAUUUGCGACAUUUUAUGAAGCCUUAGGUCUUGACUAUUUGACAAAUGGAAACCAGAGUUUCGCAGAAAAUGUUCCAAAAAACGCUAUGACAUAUUUGAAUGAGCAUACUUUCGGAAUUGACAAUGAAGUUGCAACAAUUACCAAUAUUGAUUCUCUUCAGAGCAUAGGAAACACAUUUGGUAUUGGAACCUAUUUCAAAGGAAGUGCAAUCCUGAAUAUGUUCCGAAAUGUUAUUGGAUGGAAUAAUUUUGAUCAAGCGAUUAUUAACUAUCUAAAAGAAAAUGCAUAUGCUAAUACCAAUUCUUCAAUUUUCUUCAGUUAUUUCCAAAUGCCCAAUGAAAAUGGUCCAUCGUCAGUAGAUGAGUUUUUGAGACCAUGGCUUGAACAGGUUGGACAUCCACUUGUCACAAUCGAUCACUUUAAUGAAACUCAUAAUAUUUUAUCUCAAAGUCGAUUUGAUAAUGGAAAGCUGAAAGAAAUAGAUGAUCAGACACCUUAUCCAAUUUGGGAAUAUCAAUGGGAUAUUCCAGUUUGGUAUCUAGACACCCAUCAUCAAUUAAAGUUAGUGUGGCUUCGACAAAAUUCAACAGCUUUGAUUGGAAAAAAUGUGAGUAUAAAUCCGGGUGCAAAUGGAAUAUUCCGUGUAUGGUCUGAAGUUGAUUUUUCCGAUGAUAAAUUCCAAGAUCCUGCCAAUCGGAUAGAAAUUUAUCAAAAAUCAAGAAUUGAUAAUGCAUUUGCAUUCGCUUUAUCCAAGCGAAUUACUAUCGAAAAGUAUGAAAGAAUUGUUCAUCAACUUGGACAUUUAUAUCCGGAAAAUCAACAUUUACAUAAUGCCCAGAUUCAAGUUUUACAUGGAAGUGAAAAUAUAACUAAUUACAAAGCAACACUCGGGUAGGAUUAUUGUUUCAUAAUAACAAAAACAAUAUGUUUUUCAGUGCCAAUUCAAUUAUGGAAAGGAAACAAAGGAGAUUAUCAAAUAUCGAAGUCUCAAAUGAAACCAACUAA